CCACAAUUAUCUGAAAAUAUGAAGUACAUUUUCAUUUUAUGUCACCAUGUUGUAAACUGGGAGCUAAUCAGAUAUAGUUAUCUAAUUAAAAACAAUGCGAUAUUUAUCAUCUACUUACAUUAUCUACACUUGUACAUUUAUGAUCCACAUUAAUUUUAACCCACUACAUAAUUCCAUUUUGAUUAAUCUCAACACAACCUGUGCGUAUAUGCUGGUCAUAUCGAAUGUGAAAUGGCCGUGUUCUCCAGUUUUUAUUUUCUGUUUAGAUGUUCUAAACAGAAUGUCAACGAUUAUGGCGGCGAGUGGAUCGCUUUACAAAGUUUACUGUAUACAUGUAUUCCAAUUAUAGUGUGUGUGUACUUCUCAGUUGGAUAAAUCGAUUGAUCUAAGAAUUUGCUCCGUUUUCUGUCGAUCGAAGUACCGCCUCCCGAGAGUGGGGGCGAUCGUCUAUAAUAUAAACGUGAGUAGAGUAUUGCGACAGUAUGGUUGGUUACACGUUGCCUAAGAAGCAAGGUGAGAGAGGUAUUUACGCAUUGCUAUUUCUGACAUAGAUUCAACAUUCUAAUUUACUAAGUCAUUCAACACGAUGAUGGUUUUUGGUUACUUUGUGAUUGGAUUAUUAACAAUUUCAUUGUCGCUGGGCUUAGAAUGUCCCGUGAAGGAGUGCACAUGUAAAAAUAAGAUCAUAAACUGCCGGAACAAAGGCCUCACCUCUAUACCUGAGAUCACCCCCAGCAGCAGAUACAGAGAAAUUACCUUUGAGAACAGUGUUGAUCCCACAGAAAAAAUUCAUUCUAAUAAUCCCAAAUUGAACAAAAUUUCCAUACUUCAUGCCAAUGCUUUCAAGGGCUUAAAAGUUGAGAAGAUAAAUCUAGGUAAGGCGGGAGUACGCGAGGUGAGAGACGGUGCCUUUUCCGGACUGGAGACGUCUCUGAAAGACUUGGUGUUGGGGGGAGCUCAUGUGAACCAACCGCCGCUAUACUCUCUUGAAGGUCUUGAAAAGCUGAAAAGAUUAGAACUGCAGAAUUUUGUGCUUAAUACUUUGAAAAAGUCGUUGUUCGCCAUCGAUAAUCUCUUCCGAUUAGAAUCACUGAAACUUAUCAAUAUGAAAACACAUUUCGUAUUGGAAGAUUCACUUGAAGAUUUCAAAAAUUUAAAACAUCUCGAAAUAAGUGGUAACCCAAAUUUGAAAUUCUAUCCUGCAUCAGCCAUUUGGAGAGUAAAAUCACUGCAAGAACUUGUUUUCAAAAACGACGGAAUAGUGAAAGUGCCAGGAUGGGCUUUUUACGAUUUGCCAAAUCUCAAGCUCUUGGAUCUCUCAAGAAACGAGAUUAGGACGAUACGACCGGGCGCUUUCAAAAAUGUUUCCGCUACCCUGGAGAAGCUGGACCUGACCGGAAAUGCUUUGACAACUGACUCUCUUCAGACGUUCACAACUUAUGACUGGAAGAAUUUGAGAAACUUGAGAAUAUUAUACAAUAAAAUCACCGGGCUGCCAGAUAAUAUGUUUUCGAAAAUGGAAAAAUUGGAAUCUCUUGAAAUGCAGCUUAAUGCGCUCAGACGUUUAACGAGUAAUGACUUAACACCAUUAACGAACCUAAAACAUCUUGAUUUAUCCGACAACCUUAUCACUGAAAUCCAGGCUGAUGCGCUCAAUCUACCUGCAUUGCAAACACUAAGAUUGUUGAAUUUAAAUACAGUUAAAAGUGUCGUUUCCAUCAAUAAUGCAUUUGGAGGGGUGAAAGGGGCUCUGGUCAAAGUGGACAUGAAAGAGAACAAUUUUAGGGGGAACGAAUUAUGGGGUGAAAUCGCGCACUUGACGAAUGUUACUGAACUGGAUAUUUCAGAGACAGGAUUAAACGAGCUUCCAAAGUCUGCCUUCAUAAACAAUAAACAGAUACAAAAACUUGGCAUGAGUAAAAAUAACCUAGGACCCUCUCUAUCAGCGGAUCAACUGAACGGUCUACAGGGGAGCCUGGAACAAUUAAGACUGAACAACAACCGUCUACAGUCUCUGGACAAUUGUAUAUUUGAAAAACAAUUCCCUAAACUGAAACUAGUGACUCUGUAUGGAAAUCCUUUGAAGUGCGACUGCGCACUCGGUGGUUUACAGAAAUGGCUAAAAGGUCGUCCAUUCUUUUUUUCUUAUAUAGUACAGGCUGUUUGCGCAUCUCCAACUUCCGAGGUAGGGAAAAAUUUGAGAAAAGCAACUCUCAAAGAUGACCAGCGUGGAACUUGCACUAAUAAGCCUUAUUGUGCGUGACUGUGGUAUGAGAUCAGUAUUGUAUAAAUGUUGAAGGACUAUUAUUUACUUGUAUAUUUAUUUUCAUUUCGCUUAUGCCGUCCGGACUAUAUUUUUCUCGUCAAAAUUAUUUACUAAUACUUGUUGCGACUUCUUUACAGUCAAUAAAACUUCAUUCUUGCAUUCCGUAGGCUCUUUAAGAAAGUCAUAUUUAUUGCACUUCGUUUUGCUAUAAAUUACUGUUACAGAAAAUGCAUCACUCAACAAAUAGGGGAUCGAUUUGGUUUCUGGUAUUUUCACACUCGGGUGGAAAAAUAAAUUGUACUUGUUGGAAAAAAA